CCUCGUUCACCCUUUUCCCUUUCCCUCUCCCUCUCCAUCUCCCUCCUUUGACCAUACCCCCCCUACCUGUGCCGUGCACGGUCUAGUCAUUCCUUCGAAUCCCAUACAUACAUACAUACAUACAUACAUACAUAUUUGCCAGACUAUUUCCAGUCUUGCAUAUCCACUCAUUCAUUGGUCGAGGGAACCGAGAGAACAGGACUUCUCUCAUAUAUACUACCACCAACCCACCACUCCACCAGACAAACCGACCCCAAACCUUCCUCACCCAUCAAAAUGGUCUCGAUCAAGUCCCUCCUCACGGCGAGCGCCCUCGCCAGCGCGGUCCUCGCCAUCCCUCACAACGCCAACCCCCACACCCACAACCACCGCUCCUCGCGCAUCCCCUCCAAGCGCACCAGCAGCAGCAGCAGCAGCAGCAGUGGUGGCAAACGCGGCGCGGCGUACAACACAGCCACCAGCGUGAAGACCCUCUCCUCGGGCUCCUCCGGCAACGGCACCAUCAGCUGGGCCUACGACUGGAACAUGUACGACGACGGGACCCUCCCGUCGGGCAUCGAAUACAUCCCGAUGCUCUGGGGCAGCAAGAUGUUCGGCACAUGGUUCACGGCCAUCGAAGCCGCUCUGUCCAGCGGAAGCAACUACAUCCUGGGCUUCAACGAGCCCGACGCCUCCUCGCAGGCGGACAUGUCUCCCUCCACCGCCGCCUCCGCCUACAAGAACUACAUCACGCCCUACUCCGGCAAAGCCAAGCUCGUCACCCCGGCCGUCACCUCCUCGACCACCUCCGGCGAAGGCCUCAGCUGGAUGAAGUCCUUCCUGUCCGAAUGCUCCAGCUGCGAUCUCUCCGUCCUGGCCGUCCACUGGUAUGGCGACUCGGCGUCUGAGUUCAAGGAGUUUGUCACAGAGGCUAUCCAGGUCGCCUCCGAUUACGACCUCGAGGAGACGUGGAUCACUGAGUUCGCCCUCACCAGUGAUAUGUCCGCCGGUGGGGAUACCUCUGCCGGCGCGAAGUUUCUGGAUGAGGUUAUCCCCUGGUUGGAUGCCGAGAGUGGCGUCGGGAGGUACGCUUAUUUCAUGUGUGCUGAUGGGUAUUUGCUCGAUGGUGAGAGUUUGAGUGAUAGUGGGAAGGUUUAUGUUGCUUGAUUAUUUUUUUUUUAUAACUCAAAAUUUCUUGAUUGGUUGGUUGGUUGGUCGAUGACUGAUUGACUGACUGACUGACUGACCUUCUUGGUUAACUUUCUUGGGGAAGCUUUUGUAUUGAUGUGAGGUUGGUGGGUGGCUUGGUGAUGUUUGGAGAUUGUUACCUUAUUGUUGAUACCUUUUUUGCUCUCUCUUUCUUGUUUUUUUUUUUUUCUUUUUUUUUCCCCCUUCUACGC